CGGAGAGAGAAGGACACCGAUGCUGUUGUUGUUGUUGCUCCGGACGCGGCGACGAUGCGGCCACACUGCUGGGUGAUGGUAGCGCUGGCGGGGAUCAUGUCCUACCUGAGCCCGGAGAGAGCGCUCGGAGCCCCGCAGAGGGAAGUCUCCCAGACCAGGACUGCAUCCCUCUCUCCUCCACCUUACAUCGUCAUCCUCAUCUCUUGCUCGGGCCUCGUCUCUUUUGUUCUAUUGCUCCUGACCUGCCUGUGCUGUAAGAGAGGAGGAGUGGGGUUCAAUGUAAGUCUUCAACAUGAGUUUGACAAUGCAGACGGGGAAGAGUGCUCCGGCGGCUCAAGUCCCAUACAGGAGGACAGCCUGUCAUCAUGUCCCUCCCUCCCUGAGGUCUACACCCUGCCAGUCAGAGACAGGUCCAACUGCCCCGCCCUGCAGGACGGAGCAGACUCCAAGUCUCAGUGCUUCAAAAGACACGCUUUAAACUACCUUCAGGAGAUAGGGAAUGGCUGGUUCGGAAAGGUGAUCCUGGCUGAAGUGCUGUGUGACUGCAGCUCCUCUCAGGCUGUGGUGAAGGAGCUUCGUGUCAGUGCCAGCCCCCUGGAGCAGAGAAAGUUCUUGGCUGAGUCUGAGCCGUACAGGAGUCUUAAACAUCCCAACAUCCUUCAGUGUUUGGGGCAAUGUAGUGAGAGCAUCCCCUUCCUCCUGGUAAUGGAGUUCUGUCAGCUGGGUGACCUGAAGAGGUAUCUGAGAGCCCAACGCAAGUCAGACGGGAUGACUCCUGACCUGCUGACUCGAGACCUCCUGACUCUUCAAAGAAUGGCUUUUGAGAUCACCUCUGGCCUGCUGCAUCUUCAUGAAAGCAACUACAUCCACAGUGAUCUGGCUUUAAGAAACUGCCUGCUGACGUCUGACCUCACUGUAAGGAUAGGGGACUAUGGCCUUUCUCACAACCAUUAUAAGGAGGACUAUUACCUUACUCCUGACAAGCUUUGGAUUCCACUACGCUGGAUUUCUCCGGAGCUGCUUGAGGAGUACAGGGGAUCUCUUAUUGUUACAGACCAAACAAAAACCAGCAACGUGUGGUCCUUAGGAGUGGUUAUAUGGGAGCUGUUUGAGUUUGGGUCUCAGCCCCACAGACACCUAAGCGAUGAAGAGGUGCUGACCUUCGUAAUUAGGGAGAGACAGAUCACCCUUGCCCAGCCAAGACUCAAACUCUCCCAUGCUGACUACUGGUAUGAGAUCAUGCAGUCCUGCUGGUUACCUCCAUCUCAACGGCCCCCUGUAGCAGAAAUAUUCCUCCUCCUCUCCUCCCUCCUGGCCGCUGAGCGAGGAAUGGUGAGGGGGAGUGUCGGGGAAGAAGAUGAAGAGGAUGAGGAGUAUGAGGAUGGCAGAGGAAGGAGAGGGGAGAGCGAGGAGUCAUUUGAAAGACGCUGGGACCUACUCCGUCCACCUGCUUUCCAGACUGCAGCAAAUGAAAGGCACAGGGAGAGAGACUAUGGCAGGGAGGACAGAGACAACUCAUACCCUCUGCUGGACCCUGUGGGGAACUGUAUCACCCCGUCUUCUUCAGAACUGGACGACAUUCUUACUGUCACUGAAACCAGCAAAGGUUUGAAUUUUGAGUAUUUCUGGGAGAAAGCUCAUGCCAGAAGGGGCUACAAACCUCUUCCUCCCCCUCAGCCGAUCCCGACUGUGAACAACAACCACAGACAGUCUUUGGACACUCCCACUGUGGUUCCAGUGAUAAGUGCCCGCAGCCCUUCUCUUGCCAGCGAGUAUUACAUUAGACUAGAGGAGCACACUCCCCAGGACAAAUCGCCAACUCUCAAAGGAAAGACCCAGUCGUCGUUUCGCUCUGACUCGAUGUGCCAUGGAGAUGUGGAGCUGGUGGAGAUUCGUAGUGGAAUGUUGGGAAAAGAGCGAGUCCCUUAUUGCUCUUCUGACAAAUACGGAAAGGGCCUCCAGACUGUCAGAUCAAGCGAGGUUCAACUCCAGAUGCCAAACACUGGUGUUGCUGAGUUUAGAGACACUUCAAGUAGAGUGACUGACUUCUCAGUGGUGGAUUUGGGAGAUGAUGACGAAGAGGAGAAGAGAAAGAGCAGCAAUGCAGAUAAAAAGUCAUCUGAAAGUUCUCAAGCCCCUGUACUCCCUCCCAAGCCUCGCUCAAUGUCAAUGUCUAACCACCUUCACUCACGCCCCCUCCCCGUCCCUCCGCUUGGAUACAGAGGACUGCCUCAUUACACCAUUGGUGGAAAAAUUGAAACAGACCCCCAUCACAUGAGCAGCUGCCCACCUUCCACCUUUGAACACCUUGGGCUUCACAGGGCCCGACAGACUCUUCCCCCAUCCCCAUCCCUUUCCCCAUCCCUUCCCCCCAUCGAGCCACCCAAUUUACCCCCAACCCCCACAAAUGUGUCCCCCACCUCUUCCUCCCCACACGAAACCACAAAGGAGCUGCAACAUCUAUAACAGCUAUAACACAGCAGAGACUU